GGUGAAGAUGUGAGAACAGCGUGAGAGGGAGGAGAUGCAGGAGAUGAAUGAGUGAGAGACUUGUCCUCAACCGACUUGAGUUAAUGACACUAGCCCAAGAGUUUCUGCGACAACCAUGGCUACCACCUGGAGAUUUGCACUGUUUCUGUUCGUGAUGCUGCUGGGGUCUGGAGGCCUGAGCCUGGCAAUUGAGAAGUCUGGGACCACAGAGCCCAGCGGUGGUCAUGGAGUCGACCCAAGCUCAAGUCCGGCCCCUGGUCAUGGAGACACUGGUGGAGGUCACGGCGGGGGGCCCAUCACCACCCUGCCAAUUGUGACAUGGAAGUGGCUCCAUGUCUCCACCCCGUACCUGGUGGCUCUGUGGAUCCUGGUCAGCUGGCUCUGCAAAUUCGUCAUCGAGGCCAACCACCAUGUGACCAGCGUGAUCCCCGAGAGCGCCCUGCUCAUCUGCUUCGGCUUCAUCCUGGGCGGGAUGAUCUGGGGCGCCGACUUGCAGCAGACGUUCAAGCUGACCCCGACGGUCUUCUUCUUUUACCUGCUGCCUCAAAUCAUCCUGGACGCGGGCUACACCAUGCCCAACAAGCUCUUCUUCAGCAACCUGGGGGCCAUCCUGGUCUACGCCAUCAUCGGGACCUGCUGGAACGCCGCCAGCUUGGGGCUGUCGCUGUGGGGGUGUCAAAAGGGAGGAGCCAUGGGCGACAUUGACGUCGGCCUGCUGCAGUAUCUUCUGUUCGGCAGUCUGAUCGCCGCCGUGGACCCCGUGGCCGUCAUCGCCGUGUUUGAGCAGGUCCACGUCAACGAGGUCCUCUUCAUCCUGGUGUUCGGAGAGUCGCUGCUCAACGACGGCGUGACCGUGGUGCUCUUCAAUGUAUUUGAUGCAUUUGUGACACUGGGAGGAGGCCAGAUCGACGCUGUGGAGAUCAUCAAAGGAAUUGUGUCCUUCUUCGUGGUGGCGUUCGGCGGUUCCCUCAUGGGCUUAGUGUUCGGCCUGCUGAUCUCUCUUCUGACCCGAUGGACUAAAAACAUCCAGAUCAUCGAGCCGGGCUUCGUCUUUGUCCUGGGGUACCUCGCCUACCUGACCGCUGAGAUGCUCUCCCUCUCUGCCAUCCUCUCGAUCGUCUUCUGUGGUGUUUGCUGCCAGAAGUACAUCAAUGCCAACAUGGACGAGAAUUCCGUCAACACGGUGAGAUUCGCAAUGAAGGUUCUCGCCAACGGAUCAGAAACCAUCAUCUUCGUCUUCCUCGGCAUCUCGGCCAUCGACAAGGAGAUCUGGGUGUGGAACACGGGCUUCAUCCUCCUCACGCUCCUCUUCAUCUUUGUGUACAGGAUAAUUGGAGUCUUUUUGCUCACCUGGAUCCUGAACAAGUACCGGCUGGUCCCCAUAGGGUGGAUAGAUCAGGUGAUCAUGAGCUACGGUGGCCUGCGAGGGGCUGUGGCAUACGGCCUGGCUGUGAUGCUGGAUGAGAGCAAGAUAAAGGAGAAGAAUCUGAUGAUCAGCACGACUCUCAUUGUCGUCUACUUCACUGUCAUUCUUCAGGGAAUCACCAUGAAGCCUCUGGUCACAUGGCUGAAAGUGAAGAGAGCCAAGAUAGCUGAGCUCACACUCAUAGAAAAAGUGCAGAACAAGGUGUUUGAUCACUUGCUCGUGGCCAUUGAAGACAUAUCAGGACAAAUUGGACACAACUACAUGAGGGACAAGUGGAGAAAUUUUGAGGACAAGUGGAUGACGGGGUGGUUGAUGAAGCCGUCGGCGAGGAAGAACCGAGACAACGUCUUCAGCGUCUUCCAUCAGCUGAACCUCAAGGACGCCAUGAGCUACGUGGCCGAGGGCGAGCGCAGGGGCUCACUGGAGUUCGUCCGCAACGACAACUCGUACGUCGACUUCAAGAAGAAGUUUGGCGAGGAAUUCUCAGAGGUGAUGCCGGACAUCAUGGCCGACAUGAGGGACGACCACAGCGGUGUGUCCGACAUGAGAAGAGACCCUGUGCCAUCAGUGAGCCUGAACAUGCACCAGCAGAGCAUGAAGGGAGUGAGGGAAACCGAGGACGUCAACAGUCAUCACCUGCUGCAGCAGCAUCUGUACAAAGGCAGGAAACAGCACAGACACAGGUACAGCCGGAGCCACUUCAACGUCAACGUGGAUGAGGACGAGGUGCAGGAGAUCUUCCAGAGGACGAUGAGGAGUCGUCUGGAGUCCUUCAAGUCUGCGAAGAUGGGCGUGGCUCCACCAAGCAGAAAGCACAAGCAGAAAGAUCAGCAGCAAAAGAUGUCGAAUGGAAAAUCACUGGACAAAGGUAAAAGCAACUAUUCAGGAGAUGAAGAGUUUGAUUUCUCCUCAGAGGGAGAAGGGGCCUCUGGCUACAACGCAUCUGGACAUUCAUUCCCCAUGAGGGUCGCCUACAGACCAGGAGCUGGAAUCGAGAACCCGGCCUUCAUUCCGGACCUGGACCCCACGUCCACGCAGCAGAUCCCCCCCUGGCUGGGGGAGGUGGAGCUGGACAGCGGCACGGUGGCUCCUUCGCAGAGAGCCCAGGUGAGGCUGCCAUGGACGCCCAGCAACCUGCGGCGCCUGGCUCCUCUUCGCACCAGCACCCGCUCCACCGACUCCUUCAUGCUGGCCGACACUCCGGUCACGCAGCAGUGGAGCGACCUGCCUCCACCUCCAACUCCACCUCCACCUCCUUACAACAGUGCCGAUGGGCAAAAGUAGCAGCAUCCUGACCCCCUCCUCUUCUCCUGCCACAAACACAACCAAACCUCAGACUUUGCACCUUCUUCUUCUCUCAAACAAUUGACUAGGGAAUGUUUUUCUUUUCUGUGCCAUCGUUAAAUCUCCAUGUUCACACUCCCAUGACCUCUGUGCUCUGCUCUUGUUGCUCUAGCGUCGCUCUUCACUGAGCAGAGGGGAGCUGCAGGUGAAGCCUGUUUGCACAGCGGCACGUUGUAUUUUAAUAUCGUAAAUCAGUCCUGUAGAUAUUUAUUCAUUAUGCUGUUUAUACACAUAGUAGAAAUGGGGGUUUUAAUUACAGAUAUAUAAAAUCAAUUCUAAAAUCUGAGUGUUUGUUUGUGUUUCCUCGUGAAUCUCAGAAAAGAACUUUGAAUUUUAGACUUGUAGAAAGAGACCAAUGUAAAAAUGUGACUUAUAGGACAAAGAUAUAUAUAUAUAUAUUUAUUCACAAAGGAAGUUUGUUAUGUGUUGUUUUCCAAAAUCUAAAAUCUGUGCACGUGCCAACAUUACUUGAACUGGAUGUGUUUUAAAAAAUCAUGGAUUUAGCAAUAAAUACAAUAAAGUCAAUAUGUGAUCA